AUGGCCGGCGAUCUGUACGCGCUGGAUUUUGAUGGAGUGCUCUGCGACAGCUGUGGCGAGAGCUCCCUGUCAGCUCUCAAGGUAGGACUUACUGAUCCCUCGCACCAAGUCCGAGGCCAUUGAUGCAGCUUGUCGCCAUUUUUCGUAAUUUCAAAGGUCGUGAAUGGGUGAUUUUAACGGUUUUUUUCCUCCUUUUUUUUUCUUGAUAAAUUCACAGGCGGCGAAAGUAAGGUGGCCUGAUCUCUUCAGAGGAGUGGAUGUGGGCGUGGAGGAGUGGAUCGUCGACCAGAUGCACAUUGUAAGCUUCUUUCCCACUUUCCACUGCUUUCGCUAUUACUGGCUGGACGCAGUAUCCGUGAAGAAUCACUUUUUUCUUGUAUAGCUGCUUCCUCUGCGGGUCCUAUGUUCCAAUCUGCUGUUUCUAUUUCCCGUGCCACUUAUUGAUGAUUCCAUCGUGCAUGUUAAUUUUCUGUAGCAAUGACAUAUCUACCCCCGUGGAUCUUAAUUUGUCAAUGAUAAUGACAUAGAAGUCUCCAUUAUUAUCUAAAUGAUUCGAACAGUUCAUGCUUCACCAGUGAAUGUAUCACUGGUUCUUUCAUGCAAGUUUAUGCAUACCACGCCGAAAAAUUAAUGAAUACCUGAAAUCAGAUGGGAAAAAUUCGGCAAAAUUAUCUGAUUGAAUGGCGUUGAUCAGCUAUCAAACAGCAACCCGUCACAGUGGUCAUUGGCUGUGGCGCAGGACAACUAAUAUGACAUAAUUCAGCCCUCAACUCAUUUACAAACUUCAAUCCGUUUCUUCUUUCUUGUCGAACUUUGGUCAAUUUAUUAUUGAUAAAAUAAGAGACACGCGAGAAGCUCUUAUAUGCUUACAGUUCACCCAAGCUAAUUAGCUUAUGGGAACUGUUUUCCUAAAUAUAUCGGUGGCAUGCCCUAAAAAUCUGUCAUUAAAUUGUAGACAUGUUUAUUAUGUGGACAUUUAAGAUUUUUAGUUUCUCUAAGGAUGUGCAUUAUGGUUUUUGAGGGAGAUCUUUACAUUACAGUGCUCUCUGGAGUUUUUUUUAGCAAGGUGGUUUGCAAAAUGUUUUCACUUUUCCAGUUCUUAUACCCAAUUUUAUAUUACCACAAGUAAUAUCAAGAUCUUUCUUCAAUUAAAUCGUCGCAUAGUCUACUUGCCUAUGAUAUUUCUAAGUAAACUGUUUUGUGAAUAUAUUUUUCUACGGCUAACAUGUUUGUUACGACAGCUUCGUCCUGUAGUGGAAACAGGAUAUGAAAAUUUGUUGCUUGUGAGGUUGCUCUUGGAGCUUCAGAUAUCCUCAAUUCGGAAAUCUUCGGUAAGUACUUAACAAUUCCUCACAGUGCAAUCCUUGGUUCAAUUUUUCCUGUUUAAACAACAUUGGGGAUCAAUACCUCAGGACGGGACUAAGUUCCAUUCAACUCGAAUUUUGGAUUUGGCGUAAUUUAGGUUUCUCUUGCAACAUUCUACCGUUGUCUUACCAAACAAGGUUUGUUGUCCAAGGUUUCAGAUGGACUUACCAUUGAAAGAAUCUUGGAGAGUUGGUCAGCAUUGAAACCUAUCAUUAUGAUGGAGUGGAAUGAAGACAGGGAUUCCUUGAUAGAUCUUUUUGGAAGGGUGAGGGACGAAUGGAUAGAAAAUGAUUUAUCAGGUUGGGUAGCAGCCAACAGGUGACUCAGUUAUAAAACAUUUUGACAUGCUACAUAUAGUUAUUUAUGAUUAUCAAAAGGUGCAGUGAUAUGAUAUAUUGAUUGACCGACUGUUGAUGUACUUCUGCAGAUUUUACCCUGGUGUUGCGGAGGCUUUGAAAUUCUCUUGCUCUGAAAUCUACAUCGUCACUACGAAGCAGGCAAUGCUCCAUUUGUUGCUGUUUUCCUCUGUUAUCCUCAUAUUUCCGACGUCUAUACCUUUCUGGUCUCUCUCUUUUUUUUAUCUUGAACUCGUAUGCAUUUGUUUAUAUACGACAUUAAUAGAUAUCUGUAAUCGCCUUUGUCUCUCACCAUCAUUAAUCGCUGGUCUCAGUACUUGUGAGAAUUCUUGGAAUCUUACAUCGAGGUGACCAAUCUGUGUGGGUGUUAACUGUACAACUAUUUUUUUUUUCUGACUGAGCAUGGUAUACUGUUUAAUUUUUCUGCAUGUCUGAUCUUUGUCUCUCACCAUUAUUAGUAGGCCUUGAAAUCAUCGAUACAGUGAUAUAUCACUAAAUAAUUUGUUUUCCCAUUCUGAUCAAGAACGAGUUAAUUCAUUUUCCUGCAUCUUUUUUUUCAUAGAAACGUUUUGCGGACGUCUUAUUACGAGAGUUGGCGGGAGUAACCAUUCCAUCUGACAAGAUCUACGGCUUAGGGACUGGGUUAGUGUACACACUGGAAGCUUCACUUAUUCCCCUUUUUCUCAUUUACUCAAGUAGUUGCUUCUUGAUGAUGCACUUAGACCAAAGGUAGAGGUGCUGAAGCAACUUCAAAGGAGGCCGGACCUCCAGGGGCUGCGAUUCCAGUAAGAUGCUCGUCCUCGGCACACAUAGUUCCCUAGAUAUCCAGUAGUAUCUUUAAUGUCUUCUACCCCUUCUAUGGGAUCACGAAAAAUAUCAUAAUUCCAUAUCAUAAUUAAGAUUUGGAUCACACUACGACAUAUCAUAAUGUGACAGCUGAGUGCUUUAUAUUUAAACCCAAUCCAUUUCAUAAUUCCGUGUAGGGAUCUUGGUCAUAUAAUUUCGACUCAUAUAAUAAUAUUUAUUGGCCGAAACAUAUGAUCCUUCCUAUCAUGCAGCUUCGUGGAAGAUCGCCUGGCCACUCUGAAGAACGUCAUCAGAGAUCCCGAAUUGGAUGGGUGGAACCUGUACCUCGGUAUUCCAGCUAUACAUCUUGCUUCUUUCCCUGUUCUUUAUGGUCUUGCCGGAGAAGUUCUGUGCCGUGAGCCAGGUUUUCUAACUGGGACAGGAAGAUGGGGCUACAAUACCGAGAAGGAGAGGCAGGAGGCCGAAGGAAUCCCUCGGAUUGGCCUCCUCGAUCUCCCAGACUUCAGUGAGAAAUUGAAGUAG